AUUAAUUUUACGGUGGAGGUGGGAGUGGGAGACGCAAUGAUGCUGUCCCCCGUAACGAGCACUGACAGGCUUUAGUCUUGUAGCCACAGCGAAGCUGGGAGCAGUGGGCGGUGAGCAUGGCUAUCAUCACAGAAGAACCCGAACCAGAGCAACCAACACACUCACGCUCACAGAUCUCACCCACCAAACCCAACAACAACCCCUUCUCCUUCUGGUUCUACUUCACCCUCUCCGUCUCCCUCUUCACUCUCUUCUUCGUCUUCACCUCCUCCACCCUCUCCCCCCAAGACUCCAAAACCUGGUUCCUCACCCUUCCCUCCCCCCUCCGCCACCACUACUCCAACGGCCGCACCAUCAAGGUCCAAACACACCCCGACGAAACCCCCCUCCAAGUCUUCACCCUCCAAGAGGGUCCCACAUCGUCCGAAAACAUACUCAUUGUCCACGGCCAAGGUCUCAGCUCUUACUCCUACCGCCACCUCGCCAAAUCCCUCGCCGCCAAUGGCCUCCACGUCACCUCCCUCGACCUCCCCGGACACGGCUUCUCCGACAACUCCGUCGAAGUCUCCGUCGAGGGCGGCGCCAACGGGGUUUUUGGGAGGUUUUGGUACGUCUACAGUGAGAUUCAAGAGAGGGGUCUUUUCUGGGCGUUUGAUCAGAUGGUCGAAACAGGUCAAAUUCCCUACGAGGAAAUUCAAGCUCGCAUGUCGAAGAGGAAAAUAAGAAAGCCUAUUGAUUUGGGUCCGCAAGAGAUGGGGAAAGUGUUGGGUGAAGUUAUUGAUUCCAUGGGGCUUGCACCUGUUCAUUUGAUUCUUCACGAUUCGGCAUUGGGGUUGAGUGCUGAUUUUGUUUCUGAGAGGGCUGAGUUGGUGAGAAGCGUGACGCUUAUCGAUACGGCGUCGUCUACUAAGGGGGCUUUUCCCGUUUGGGCUCUGGAGGUGCCUGUGGUGAGGGAGGUUGUGGUGGGGGUUUCUUUUGUGUUUGCUAAGGUGGUGGGGUUGUGCUGUUCCAAGAGGGUUGGUGUGGCGGAUUCGGAGGGGUCGAGGGCGCUGUUGAAGGGCAGGGAUGGGAGGAGGGCGGUUGUGAAUGUUGGGAAGAGGGUGAAUUCUAGCUUUGACUUGGCAGAGUGGGGUGAGGGGCUGAAAGGUGUGCCAAUGCAGGUGGUGUGGUCUGCUGGGUGGUCCGAAGAAUGGAGCCGGGAGGGUCACCGGGUUGCAAGUGCCCUUCCACAGGCCGGUUUUCUUACGCAUUCUGGAGGCCGGUGGGCUCAGGAGGACGCAGCCGUUGAGAUAGCUGAAAAAAUUUCUCAGUUUGUAUUGUCAUUACCAAAGUCUAUUAGGAAAGUUGAACAGGAGUCCACCCCAGAGCACGUACAGAAGAUGCUUGAUGAAGCAAAAAGCAGUGGUCAUGAUCAUCAUCACCAUCAAAGUCCUGAUCAUGGUCAUGGACAUGAUCACUAUGGUGAUGCUCACAUCCAUGGAGCUAAUUAUAUGGACGCAUAUGGGCUUGGUCAUGGACAUCAUGGUUGGUGAAAGUGAUCAUGGGUUGGUCAUGGAUUUUACUGGCUAACAUUCACGCUUGCAGAUAGUAUCUCUACUUCAUAUUUCUCAUACAUUGUAUUAAUCGGGAAGCUGAAGCUCGUACCAUAUGUAGUUCUUGCAAGCUAAAGCCUACAUGUUGUAUGUUAUUUUUUUUUACUGUUAUACAUUUUCAAAAUUGCCGAAGGGUGUGAGAUCAGAGAUGAUACACUAAGUAACAACUAUGCAUUAGAAGAUACUUGUAAGGAAAAAAAAAAAAAAACUUUACAUUUUUUAGCUGAUUGCUCUCGUGUGCUCUAGUUUGGAGCUACUUUUUGUGUUUGGAUGUUGGAAUUAUUUUUGUAAGGUGUUUGGUGAGAAGAAUUUUUAACCUAUGUACUUGAGAUAUUUUAGUAAUUUAGAUAGAUGAUUGUGCAA